GAGAAAGAAAAAAAGAAGCGAAACAGCAAGGAGUUUCCUUUAAUCUAGCGAAUAUUUCUUGCCCGAUACACACCCUCACGAUCAUCGCCCCAACUUGCCCCGGAAUCCCUCGAUAAAGUAGAACUCGGAUCCGCGUCGCCAGCGAGCAACCUAGACUGCGCAUCUGUGAAACACGUACUCCUCGCGAGUACAACCCUGCCCAACAACCCCCUGUAAACUCGUCGCGCGUCGCACCCCAGUCGCACGUUCGCAACUUCAAAUAUCCGCUUUCUCGUCGACCCUGUCGCAGACAGGAAGAUCGAAUCGAAGAAGAAGAAGAAAAAAAAAAGAAACAGAAGAGGAAGAAGAAGACAAGAAAGGAUCGCUGACUAAUCUUGCAAGCAUGGAAGAAGAGGGUAGGCGGCGAUGGAUCGGACGGCAAGAGAGAAAAUGCACUUAUUGGCCAGCGUCUGCGUGCUCAUAUUGAUCUGCGGCGGUGACUGUAGAGUGUCUACCAGUGUCUACGGGUGGGACAACUGAAACCUGUCCAAAAAUGCAUUUUUCUUUGCGGCUCGCGCGUCUCCUCCUCGUCUCCGCUGUUUUUUGCGUUGGUCUCUGUUCCGAAGAUGAGGAGAGGCUGGUGCGAGACCUGUUCCGAGGGUACAACAAACUCAUCAGGCCCGUGCAGAAUAUGACGGAGAAAGUGCACGUGAAUUUCGGUCUUGCCUUCGUGCAACUGAUCAACGUGAACGAGAAGAACCAAAUUAUGAAGUCGAACGUAUGGUUGAGAUUCAUUUGGACGGAUUAUCAGCUGCAAUGGGACGAGGCGGACUACGGUGGUAUCGGAGUUCUCAGACUGCCACCUGACAAGGUGUGGAAACCAGAUAUCGUAUUGUUCAACAACGCCGACGGCAACUACGAGGUACGUUACAAGAGCAACGUCCUCAUCUAUCCGAACGGCGACGUCCUGUGGGUACCGCCAGCGAUUUACCAGAGUUCCUGCACCAUCGACGUGACGUAUUUCCCAUUCGAUCAGCAAACCUGCAUCAUGAAGUUCGGUUCGUGGACGUUCAACGGCGACCAGGUCUCUCUAGCCCUGUACAACAAUAAGAAUUUCGUCGAUUUGUCCGAUUAUUGGAAGAGCGGGACCUGGGACAUCAUCAGCGUACCGGCUUACCUCAACACCUACAAGAGCCUUUAUCCAACGGAGACGGACAUCACGUUCUACAUCAUCAUCAGACGGAAAACUCUGUUCUACACGGUGAAUCUCAUUCUACCGACCGUGCUCAUCUCCUUUCUCUGCGUGCUGGUGUUCUACCUUCCGGCCGAGGCUGGCGAGAAAGUGACUCUGGGAAUCAGCAUUCUGCUCUCGUUGGUCGUGUUUCUGCUACUGGUCAGCAAGAUUCUGCCACCGACGUCCCUGGUGCUUCCGCUGAUCGCCAAAUAUCUCCUGUUCACCUUCAUCAUGAACACGGUCAGUAUCCUCGUCACCGUGAUCAUCAUCAACUGGAACUUCCGCGGGCCGAGGACGCACAGAAUGCCGCAGCUGAUCAGGAAAAUAUUCCUCAAGUAUCUGCCGACGAUCCUGCUGAUGAGGCGACCGAAGAAAACGCGGCUCAGGUGGAUGAUGGAGAUCCCAAACGUCACGCUGCCGACGUCCACCUAUUCCGGGAGCCCGACAGAGUUGCCGAAACAUUUGCCAGCCUCGUUGACCAAGUCGAAGAUGGAAGUGAUGGAGCUGUCGGAUCUUCAUCAUCCGAACUGCAAGAUCAACAGAAAGGUUCACCACACCACUAGCAGCUCCAGCGCCGCUGGUGGCGAGGGUCUGGCCGACAGAAGAGGAUCCGAGAGUUCAGACUCCGUGCUGCUCAGCCCGGAAGCUAGCAAAGCGACAGAGGCCGUCGAAUUCAUCGCCGAACACUUGAGAAACGAAGAUUUGUACAUACAGACGCGAGAGGAUUGGAAGUACGUGGCGAUGGUGAUCGAUCGGCUGCAGCUCUACAUUUUCUUCCUCGUGACGUCCGCAGGCACCAUCGGGAUCCUCAUGGACGCACCACACAUCUUCGAGUACGUGGACCAGGAUCACAUCAUAGAGAUCUACCGUGGGAAGUAAUUCCAGAUCAAAGAAGAAGAAGCGGCGUGCCGUCGUCGCGAUCAUUUCCGUUUCACUUUCGUCUCUCGUUCGUCUGCGUUCGAUUCCUCUCCUUUGUACGAAAGAGUACUCUUUACGUGUAUUUUUACAUGUGAUCGAAUCGACCGCCGCACCAAGACAAGAGUUAAUCGUCUUCUUCUCGCGUCUUCUGUCUUUAACUUUAACUUACUUCCUCGUUUUUUUUCUCAAAGUCACAGUACGAGAACGUUGAUCUCUUCGUUUCCUUUUCUUCUCCAUCUUCCUGUUUCGUAGAAACUUUUUGAAAAAGAUCGAUUGAAUAUUGUGAGCAAUUGAAACAAGAGCAACAAACGCUCGUUGGUCUCUCGCUCAACGAUCUCUCGCUCUUUCAUCUUCUUUUUAUACCGAGGAAGGAGGUUUCAAAGAUCGUACUCGUGAAAUUAACGUCAAGAUCAUUGAACUGCACUCGUCGUACAGAUAGAUCCCGUUUGUACACCGCGCCGCGAGUUCAGUUUUAUUUCAUUUGAAUUCCGACUCUCCUUCGCUCGCCAGUGAGUGUUUGCCGCUUGUCACUUGCGUCCAAGUGCCGACACUUUAUAAACCACGGAUUCGAUGAUUCUCGAUAUUAACGAUAAGUGCAUCCAUUAUAAUUGUCUUCCUCGAGAACCUUGGUCACGAGUAUGCAGAAGCGAUUGCGAACAUAAUGUUAAAAACCAACGUCCCAUUGACCAUGCGUCUUACAGUUAGAUGAGCAAUUGGUUGACCGGGAUAAUUAAGGAUAAGCAUAGAGCGUAGACAUCAAAUAAUUUUGAUAUUAAUCGUGCGAAUUACCGUUGCCAUUAUAUUAUAAUCUAGCGAAACUCGUGUUUGACGGAUCAUCGCGAUGCAGAACAUCGAACGGGCCGUGACCACGUUCACCAGCCGGUCUUUUCUACUGGCCGUGAGCAAAUUUGGGAAAAGUUGCGCCGUGCACUGUCAAAUUUUCGAAUUACACUCGAUGCAAGAGUAAAACUCGCAAACGGAGUAACCGUUGAAUUAUGUAAUUACCGGGAAACGGGCGCGAAUCUGUCGAGUUUCAUUUCCACAAACGUUCAAAUCUCAAUCGUUCGACGUGUGACGAACGCUCAAGCUUUUCCCAAAUUUCCCAGCUUUUAGACAAAAAAAAAAGAAAAAAGAAAAAACCCAUGAAGCUGCUCUGUUCACGCAGAAAUUCUGCAGCAGUUGAAAAAGAAAAAAAAAAAAAAAGGAAGAAACGGGAAACAAUAGCGAGGAAAGAGAAGUAUAACCGCGAAAGCGCACAUUAGAAGCACAACGUCCCGGCCUCGCGUACUUAAACUCGUUAUUGAUAACAAAAAAAAAAAAAAAAAAAAAAAAAAAAAAAAGAGAAAAGCAAAAAAGUAAAAAAAAAUAUUGUACCGUACGCGAGAUACACGAAGAAUAUGAAUUACCCACGCUACAUGUAUAUUGUACAGAAGAUUGUUAAAACGGUCAUGUUCUCUCUAAUAGAAAGUUUGCCCCAUACACGGAGAGUGUUUACUUAUAGUUGUCGAUUUAACGAUCGUUGAUUUUUCUCAUAUGUAUCGCCUACAGUUGUGCCUCGCGAAUCAUCCCAAUUGUUGUAUGUGAUGUUACUGUACAUAAUAUGUAUACGAUUUUCGUUUUUUUCUUGUCAACGAUUUCGAUUUUCUUGUCAACACGCCACCGAUCAGUCUUGUUAAGCCACCCACGAUCAAAGUCGAUUUAUUUCGAGAGAAAGAAAAAGAAGAAGAAGAACAAAGUUUUCAUUUCCACGUAUCGCGAUCGAUGAUAAACAUUUCGAGAUAAUUGCAUGUCCUUUUGGUAAUUUUAUACGCAAGGGCGAGAGGAGAGAAACGUAAAUCAACUUCCAACGACCUGGACCUUGCUGACAAAUUUCACCAAAGAGGACGUACAUGUAGGUGACCCACGUCCGCGAAAAAUCUUCAACUUUGAACUGUUCGAGGUCCGGGUCGAGCGUGAAAAUCCUACCUACCUUAUAUAUUGUCCACGUUUUAAAGCAAAAUUCAUCGUUGAACGUUUGUGAUUCGUUUGUCCUCGACGCUUGUAUGGAAACCAUCGGUGUACGAGUAACUCGCUCGCGAUUUAGAGUAACGAGUUGACAUAGGGGAUACACGUGUCUUCCUUGAACGAGAUACAAUAACUAGAAUUUAGCCUUCCCGAGAACGAAGUAAUUAGAACGAUGUGCUUAUUGAUUUCUAUACAUUUUACUUCCAUAUAUUUUAUAGCGUUGUUUCACUCGAGAAUGCGGGGAAUGCGUGUCUGUGUAUGAGAAUCACAAUGAGACGAUUUUAACGACGAUUUUACGAGCCACGUGCGCUCAAUUGAAGAUGUCAGUUUUAAAAUAGCGGUCAUCGGUCCGACGGUGGCUCUCUUUCGCGAUUUCGUUUUUGCUCGCGGACAACCUUGUUGUUAACUUAAUUACGAAUGCAAAUCAAAAUUUAAACAGGAAUGGAAUCUAGAAUACUUUGACACCUGACAUCUUCGAUUAACCCUAGAAUAUUGGUAUCUAUAUAGGUAAGCUGUAUCCGCGUCUUACUUUUCACGUUCCUUUAUUUGUGAACAUUUUUCUAGAUGGUAAUCUCUCUCGAGGAUAAUAUCCGUUAAGUUUUAACAAUGUAGCGACUAUUGUGGAUAUAUAUAUAUAUAUAUACAUACAUACACACAUGCAUAUACGUUUAUAAUUAUUACGAGUAACAAUAAAUGCGUCUAAUAACAGAAGGAAACAUGUAUCUGAUGACGUUAGAUAUUCUGGGGUUAAUUUUCACGCGUAUAGGUAUACUCGAGAAUUUAUUACGAUAAUGUUAUUCUUUAAACGUUUGUACCAUGGAUUAAAUAUUUUUCAGCAAAAUUUUUAUCUCGCAACACGUAACGAUUACGUAAUACGUAACACAUUUGUUAACGUAGGUAUAUGAACACUGCGAAUUCGCGUUAAAUCAAAGCGAUUUUCAGUCGACGUAGAUAGAUGUUCGUUUAAUAAAUCGUUGAUUAAACGAAUCAAGGGAAUUCUUUUUUAACGACGAGUAACAUACGAGUAGAUGCAAUCACGAUGCGUGAAAUUGUAAACUCUCUCAUUGAUUCUCACGUGCAGCAAUUUCAAGCUUAUCUCACUUAGAGCCGUAGCCUAGUUGUCGUUGAGAUUGAACAGGUGAAAUCAUUUUAUCGGCGUUAUAACAAUCAAAUGAACCUAUUGGAAUCUAUCGCACAAACUCGGGCGUAGAUAGAUAGCGCUAAUUAAUAAAUGAUUGAACAAA